AUGAUAUGCAGGCGAGAGGUGAGAGCCGGAGCGAUCCCAGUGGAUAUGCGGGAGUGCGCGAGAGUGUACCCUCAGAAAGACGAUAUCAGCCUAUCAGAGGGCAGCACGGUGGACCUGAGGAAGCCUGGAGAGGAAGAAGAUCAGUACUCAGAGAUGGCUGAAGAGGCCAUGGACCCAGACUCCUGCUUCCCAGACAUGUGCGUGGCGAGGUUUCAGUGCUGCGACAUCGACACGACCGCAGGUCUGGGUCAGACCUGGUGGCGGCUGAGGAAGACCUGUUACCAGAUCGUAGAGCACAGCUGGUUCGAGACCUUCAUCAUCUUCAUGAUCCUCCUCAGCUCCGGAGCGCUGGCCUUCGAGGACAUCUACAUCGAGCAGAGGAAGGUGAUCAAGGUGGUGCUCGAGUACUCGGACAAGAUCUUCACCUACAUCUUCAUCCUAGAGAUGUUGCUCAAAUGGCUCGCCUACGGCUUCAAGAAGUACUUCACCAACUACUGGUGCUGGCUCGACUUCCUCAUCGUCGAUGUCUCGUUGGUCAGUUUGGUGGCCAACACGUUGGGUUAUUCCGACUUUGCAGCGAUCAAAUCCCUGCGGACGCUGCGAGCCCUGCGGCCCCUCAGAGCCCUCUCCAGAUUUGAAGGCAUGAGGGUGGUGGUGAACGCUCUGAUCGGUGCGAUUCCCUCCAUCAUGAACGUGCUGCUGGUCUGUCUCAUCUUCUGGCUCAUCUUCAGCAUCAUGGGCGUCAACCUGUUCGCCGGAAAGUUUGGCCGCUGCGUCAACCGCACGGGCCACAUCUUCGACUCGUCCUUCAUCAACAACAAGUCAGAGUGCGAGGCGCUCAACGACACCUCGCUCUACUACUGGACCAAAGUGAAAGUCAACUUCGACAACGUGGGUGCCGGAUAUCUGGCUCUGCUGCAAGUGGUGAGCAGGGACAAUCAUCUCACGUAA